AUGCCCGAGAGCUGGCUGAGCUGCGUCGACAAAAUGUCGAGCUCCAGAGCGACCCUCUCCGCUCAAGAUGAUUCGGCUUUGUGUCGAAUAUUCCCUACGUCGCUGAAAGGAAGAGCCCUGAGCUGGUUCACGAGAUUGCCGAGCUCUUCCAUCGACUCGUUCAAUGAGCUGUCAUCUCAAUUCACUCUCCAAUUCACGACGAGAAAACCGUACAGGACGACAUCGUUAGCACUACCGGGGGUCCAUCAAGAAAAGAAGGAAAGUCUGAGAAGCUUUAUGGACUGUUUCAACAAGAUUGUUAUGGAGAUCAGUGAUCUUAACCCUGCCGUGGCAUUGGACCGGCUGAGCACCGCUCUGAGGCCCGGACGUUUCGUAAACAGCUUGUGUAAAAAACCACCAGUUGAUAUGAAUGAUCUCCGGCGCCGAGCCGAGAAGUAUAUGCAAAUGGAGGAACUUGCGGAGACCCGGAAUCAGGCCAGGGCCGAAGAAAAUUAUAGCAGAAAAGAAUCUGGCCGAGAGCAGGUGAGAAAGACGAAUGCCGAAUCCUCGAAUACCCGCCCCCGGAGAGGACCUCGCUACGCGGUGUACACUCCCCUCAAUGCGAGUAAGGCCAAGGUGAUGGAGCAGGCCCUCAAAAUCCUCGCGAUGCCAAAAAGGGCGAACACACCUCCCAGAGCCGACAAAGCCAAAUCAUGCCGAUUCCAUCGAAACAGGGGGCACUCCAUUGAAGAAUGCUCGGCGCUGAAGGACAAGCUCGAGGACCUUAUCAAACAGGGUCACCUCAGAAGCUUUAUCAGCCCCCAUGACCACCAGUCAAAGGAAAGAGACCACCACUCUCGCGAAGCUCGUCUGCCAAUCGAUCCCGUUCGGUCGAAAGGCAAGAUCGAUCGCAGCGCUCCAGGGAAGACAAUGACCGAUCACAGAAGGUGA